AUGCAAGAUGAACACAUUAUCGUACAGAAGAACGAAGAAGUGCCAUCAGAGGAAGAUGUCAAGACCCACAAAGACCUCCUCAAUCAAGUCAAAACCACUUUACUGCCUGAGACGCGUAGCCUACUCAUUUCAUUGCAGGAGGCUUUAGACUUAUUUCCUGAGUCGACUGCCCCCAAGCCCAAGCUCGAUGAAGCCUUGGACGUUGUUUCUAGGUUCCACACUGUCUUAACCAACCUCAAUAUUGCCGUCCACACCAUUUCUCCUCAAAUUAUCGCCCUUGGGCGCAAGUCCAGUCGGAUCGAUCAAACUUAUGGUGUCUUGAAGAGAUUCAGAACUUACAUCUUAGAGAUGGAUGCUAGGGAGAUAACGUCCGAAUUUCUCAGUGACUUAUUCACUGAACUUUCUGAGUUUGUUUCUAGCGGCCAAUAUGCCCAAGGUAGUUCAGAAUACCCCGAUGAGGAGGAAUAUGCCACGCUCAUCUUGAACCGCCGUACCCAACUGCUCGCGGCCGUAGACAAGUCCCAACGCAAAAUCGACGAGGCCCUCGAGCUCAUCGACCGUUCCGAUUUUGAUAUCCUCCGAUAUAUCUGGAACGAAUACGAACAAGAGCUUGGUGAUUACCUCACCAAGAUUGCCCAGAAAAUCCACGAUGCAAAAGACGUCGACAUUCCCCCCGCCGACCAACCUCUUAACUUGAGGCCUCGUAUCAUUCAGCUCUUGCCACAAGUCAUCCCCUUCGUCAAAUUAUGUAGAGUCUUCUACAAAAGGAUCGGCUCCGCACCCCCGGCCUUCACAUUCGGUGAAGAGUUGUCUUCAGCUGAUCUCGAAAGCAUUCGACUUGGCGCAGGUAAGAUCAAUAACUCUCUCAUCUAUGCCCUCGACACAUUGUUCUCUGCCUACAGCAACCCACGAGGACAACGAACCAGUUCAGCCUCAUCCCACUUCGAUGCAGUCAAGAAGGCUAUGGACAGUACAUUGGAGUUCAUUGCCUCUCACAUGGUCCCUUCUGAUCCCGCUCGUACGGUUGAUGAUGUGAUGAACGAAUUUUUUGGCACUUUGAAACCCCAAUUCGAUGCCCUACAUGAAAGGUUUUCGGCUGCUUUGACCCAGUUCCAACAGGAAAAUGAAAGACUGGGUAAUCUGGCUGGCAACGGUAAUUAG